GGCGAUCUCAACGAUUUCUUGUCUCCUGCGUCAGAAUGUGUCCUGCCAUUGAAAGCCAUUGAUACAUUCAAGAAAAGUGAGGGCUCGCGGAAAGACCCCAAGAACCGGAGUGAAGUAGUAGCGUCAGUCUCGUUGAGCGACUGCCUUUCAUGCAGUGGGUGCGUGACCUCUGCGGAGGAAGUCAUGAUGAAACGCCAAGGGGUCGAUCAUCUCACCAAGGCUGUCGAGGUGGGAAGCACGUGCGUGGUUUCAUUCUCACCUCAAUCGCUCUCGUCGCUGGCAGCGUGCUUCAACACAACGGCAUCCAAGUUUGCGAGGAGCGUCUCCAGCUUUCUGAAGCUCAGAGUUGGAGUCAAGUUUGUGUUCGAUACCUCCUUGAGCGCGCAGGUGGCGCAGCAUGAGGCGAAGAAGGAAUUCAUGGAGCGAUGGGGGGCUCGAGGGCCCUUCCCAAUCCUCUGUACGGAGUGCCCGGGAGUUGUGAUCUUCAGUGAGAAGAAACAGUAUGACCUGUUCGCCCGCCUCCUCUCGACCGUCCGUUCGCCACAGGCGAUUAGCGGUGAACGGACUUAUCUCUUCUCUAGUCUCAACCCGUUUGACAUGUCGACAGGCAAGCUGAUCAAGCAAAUCUGGCACUGCACGAUCAUGCCUUGCUUCGACAAGAAGCUGGAGAGCGCAAGGGAGGAGUUCAGUGUGGUUGAAACGGAAGGAGGGGCCUUAACAUCCAGCCCAGAGACUGACGCUGUGAUCACGACGUCGGAGUUUUACUCUUACCUGCUGCAGGAAGGGUUUCAAUUUCAAGGUGGAAAGGAAAGCAAUGUCGGACGAAAGUUCAAAUUGCCUAGCAUGUCGGAACCGCAACUUUCCGAUCAUUCCGCCGGCUUUUCGAAUGGAUAUCUAGAGGUGGUGGCAAGGCAUGCAGCUCAACAGAUCCUGGGCAUCAACCUACCACCUUCUCUUGUGUACAACUAUCCAGCCACGGGCUCGUUGGACAUCAAGGAGCUGACAGUUUCCGAUGGAAGCGGAAGGGAGUUGAACUUUGCAGCUGUCUAUGGUUAUCGACAUCUCCAGACUUUAAUACAGAAGGUCAGGAUGCGCCAGUGCAAGUAUCAUUAUGUGGAGUUGAUGUCAUGUCCGGAGGGAUGCACCAACGGGGGAGGUCAAUUAAAG